UUUUUUUAUUUUUCAGAAAUAAUCUGUUCAGAACCUCCAUUAAAUGCUUCAUUCUCCAAACAAAAAUAUUCUCCAGAAUUUUUUAUAUCCCCACAACUUGAUCGAAAAACUAACAAAAAUUCAUUUGGAAGUAUUGCUUUUUAUGUUUGUCCAGAAGGGACAAUUCCUCGAGGAAACAGGAAUUUUGCUAUUUGUGCGGAAAAUGGGGAAUGGACAGAAGAUGUUAAUUUAGCUUGUCUUUGUGGGGGUUUUAAAUUAAUUAAUUAAAAUAAUUAGUUUUUAUUAAAUACACUAAAAUCAUAAAGGCAUAUAAGGAGAUAAGGAGGGGUAUAAGGGUAAGAGGGGAUAUAUCCAAUCCUGUAUCACAGUAUUUCCAGCGUCAGUUAAAUUCACCAAAGAGGUGUCGUUAUUUCGAGAUUCUAGUGUAUAUUUUAAAAAUUAUUGGGUAGUUGAUUUUAUGAAUGAGAAAAAAA